ACUAGUGGGUUCUGCAUUUUGCUCUCCCUACGGCCAAUCUGAACCGGCGAUACUCGCCGGAGCUCAUUAUUACAGCGGUUGAUUUCAAUGACUUCAUCACAACAUAAAUGAAGAACAACAGCGUGCCGCCGCCAUCCCAUAUGUUUGCAUCCUGCAAUGCCCUUUCUCUUCUCCCCAACUCGCAUUCUCAAGCCGUCAUUUAAGCCCAGUAACAAGAAUAAUACUUGCAUAGUCCAAAACUUUCUGAAUCUUUGCUCUCAAGGUCACCUUCAAGAAGCUGUCAAGUCUUUAGACCUCUUAGCGCAAAAGGGCAUUCGUUUGGACUGUAAAAAAUUAACUUUUCUCAUACAGAAGUGUGCUGAGUCCAAGAAUUUGAAAUUGGGCAGAUGGGUUCACCUCCAUCUAAAGGUUACUGGUCUAAAACACCCCAAUACAUUUUUAGCCAAUCAUUUGAUCAAUAUGUACGGUAAAUGCGGCGAUCACAUUGAAGCACGCCGAGUGUUUGAUAAAAUGAGCUUGAGAAAUUUGUAUUCUUGGAACAACAUGCUUUCUGGGUAUGCUAAACAACUUAUGGUAAAGCCUGCAAGGAGGUUGUUUGAUAAAAUGCCCGAGAGGGACGUUGUAUCGUGGAAUACUAUGGUAAUUGCCUACGCGCAGGGUGGUAUAUGUGAUGAAGCUUUGAGGUUUUAUAAAGAGUUGAGGAGGUCAGUUAUUGGGUUUAAUGAGUAUAGCUUUGCUGGAGUGGUGACGGUUUGUGUGAAGUUGAGGGAGUUGAGGCUAACAAAGCAGGUCCACUCUCAAGUUUUGGUUGCAGGGUUUUCACUAAAUGUGGUCCUUUCUAGUUCCAUUGUUGAUGCAUAUGCUAAAUGUGGGGAAUUGGGUGAUGCCAGGAAAUUAUUUGAUCAGAUGGGAAGAAGGGAUGUUCUGGCUUGGACCACUUUGAUAUCAGGAUAUGCCAAAUGGGGUGAUAUGGAGUCAGCCAGGGUGUUAUUUGAUGUGAUGCCUGAAAGGAAUCCUGUUUCUUGGACUGCUAUGAUUUCAGGUUAUGCUCGUAAUAACAAGGGACAUGAGGCCCUUGACUUGUUUAUGAAGAUGAUGAUGCUUUGCAUUAGACCUGAUCAGUUUACUUUUAGUAGUUGCCUUUGUGCUAGUGCAAGUAUAGCCUCACUCAAACAUGGUAAACAAAUCCAUGCACAUUUGAUAAGGAUUAAAUUUAGGCCUAAUUCAAUAGUUUUAAGUUCUCUCAUUGACAUGUAUUCAAAGUGUGGUUGUCUGGAACUUGCAAAGCAAGUUUUUGAUGUUGUGGGUGACAAACAAGACGUAGUAUUGUGGAACACAAUGUUAUCUGCACUUGCACAGCAUGGUUCUGGUGAGAAAGCAAUAAAUUUGUUUGCUGAAAUGGUGACAGCGGGCGUUAGACCAGACAAAAUCACCUUUCUUGUUCUUCUCAGUGCAUGUAGUCACUCAGGGCUUGUGCACGAGGGACUUAGGUUAUUUGAGUCAAUGAAUCGCGAUCACAAUAUUGUUCCAGAUCAGGAACAUUAUUCUUGCUUAAUUGAUAUUUUAGGUCGAGCAGGACGAUUCCAUGAGGUAAUGGAUCAUCUAAGAAAGAUGCCAUGCAAACCGGACGAACAUGUCUGGAAUGCCUUAAUUGGUGUUUGUACAAUGCAUGGAAAUAUAGAGCUGGGAAGAAUAGCAGCAAAACACCUUCUUCAGUUGAAUCCUCAAUCACCAGCAAUCUACGUAUCACUGUCAAGACUAUAUGCAGCACUUGGCAAGUGGGACUCUGUGAUGAGGUUGAGACAGCUAAUGAAUGAGUGGAAUGUUAGCAAAGAACAAGCACUUAGUUGGUUAGAAAUAGAUCAUAACUUGCAUCAAACUACUGUAUCUGAUAAAGUCAAUUCAUCAGCAUUAGGAGAAGCUAACCCACUUGUUGAACUGUUGGCUGAUCGCGGUGGAAUAUGAUCACCCAGUAACAAAUGGUGAAGACAGAACCUUUUCCUAUUUUGAAAUGUUUUGUCCUGCUUGAUUCCUUUGCUGAGGCAAAGAACAGCUUGAUGAUAUCUCAUGUUUUUGGGGUGCUUUCUUGCUUUGCAAGAUGCCUUGGAGAAAAGGUUUGCCAGCAUUUUGUGAAGAUCACAUGCAGUUGAUGAUGUCAGAUAGGCAGUCAUGAAGUUUGGAAGCAACGUUUAAUUUUGAAGGAAGACAGUGCUGAGCUUGGACAUGAUCAAACUAAGGCCAUGGGAUAGUGGUGAUAUAUUUUUGAAGAAAACAAAUCACUGCCUCUUCUGGCCGUUCUAAAAGAAGAUUUGUCUUGAUUCUGGCCAUUUAGAUUUUUUACCCCCAUCUCACUGCUUGUCUCCUUCCACCAGGAUACUCUGUUUUGCUUUUUGGUUGGUCAGGUUGGAGUCUGUGGUGACCAGGAUUACUGACACAAUUGGAAUUGGAUCCAUUGAUACUCCCGAUUUCACUGAUUCCAUAACACCAUUACUGAUGAAACUGCAGCCUUGUAUCAAUGCCAACUCAAUUUGCAAACUUGAAGAUUCUGGGAAUUGGGAGUAAUCUCAUUUCCAUCAGACCCAUCCUUGUCUGCACUUUUCUCAAGCAUGCCU